AAACUUUCACAGCCGGAAACGCAGGCAACGGAAUGAUUCAUUUGCGCACGCGCGGCCUCCUUUCUUCCUUUUCGACACCCGAGCGAAAGAGACAAGAUGGGCCACCAGCAGCUCUACUGGAGUCACCCCAGAAAAUUCGGACAGGGAUCCCGCUCCUGCCGGGUUUGCUCAAACAGACACGGGCUGAUCCGUAAAUACGGACUCAACAUGUGCCGCCAGUGCUUCAGGCAGUACGCCAAAGACAUCGGCUUCGUCAAGCUGGACUAGAUCACCUGCGCUGACGCGUCCCCGGAUGGGUGAAAGUGAUCUCCGGAAGGCCGGCCAAGAUGUUGGGCUAAUUCAGUACUGCAAAUAAAUGUGGUUUUUUUGUCCAA